AUGACCUCGGUAGAAAUGGUGGUUUUGAAUCUUGCGUCUCAGAAAUCAAUUCAUGCCGCCGCAUCGAAGAUCCAAGGCCUGGUCGACCGAGUUGACACACUAAUAAACAAUGCGGGAAUGAUGGUAUUGGACAAGCAGGCCACUGAGGAGGGCAUUGAAAUCCAGUUUGGUACCAACCAUAUCGGCCAUUUUCUAUUCACCAAUCUGCUUAUGGAUCAGCUGAAGAACGCCGCCAAAUCCUCCGGGAUUGGGUCAACUCGAAUCGUCAAUGUUACCAGCGCUGGUCAUCGAUUGUCACCACUUCGCUUCCAUGACUACAACUUUGAGGGCAAAGAUGUGCCUCUGGACGAGAGACCUCCUGAGAGCUUGCCUCCUAUGUUCAGUCCCUCAGCUAGCGGGUAUAAUGGUUGGCUGGCGUACGGACAGUCCAAGUCGGCCAAUAUUUUGUUCACUGUCUACUUAACCCAGCACCUGGCGUCUGCUGGGAUUGUUUCAUAUAGUGUUCAUCCUGGAUGUCUCGACGAUGCUGGUAAUGAGAUCAUGUCCAAAACGAGCAAUUUUUGGAAAACUACCGACCAAGGUGCAGCGACUAUGCUGGUGGCCGCCUUCGAUCCAGCUUUGAAAGCUGCCCUCGAUACGUCGGAAGUCUACCUCAGCGACUGCCAAUUCGCAAAGGCUACACCACAUGCAGUGAAUCUUGAAGCCGCGAAUAAGUUAUUCCACUUGAGCGAGGAACUGGUGGGCAUGAGGUUUCCAUUGUGA